UGACCAAGAUUGUAUGGCACGCCCAGCCGAAAGCCUCUUCGGUCUCAACAGGUCCCCGGGACCUUCUAACGACGCUUCACCGGGUGGUGUCAUGUCUCCCGUACCACCCGCGGGAAUACUGUUAAGGUCUGCCGAGAGAUACCAGAGAACGCCGAAGUGUGCUAGAUGUCGAAAUCACGGAGUGGUGUCGGCCCUGAAGGGACAUAAACGAUACUGUAGAUGGAGAGAUUGCGUCUGUGCUAAAUGCACCUUAAUUGCCGAAAGACAACGAGUGAUGGCGGCUCAAGUAGCCUUAAGGCGACAGCAGGCUCAGGAGGAGAACGAAGCGCGCGAGCUGAGUUUGUUAUACGGUUGCCACGAAGGACUUUUAGCCAUGCAUCGGGCGGGCUUUACUUUUUCGGCUGCCAUGGCUCAUUUACUGUCUGGAAGGAAAGGGCAGACUUCGGGUGAUGACGAGCCUUCGCCUAGUAGCACCGCAGAUACCAACGAACCCGAAUGGAAACGGGCAAAAACAUCGGAGCAUUCUCCUAAAUCGGAAAAUCCUAAACUUCACGAAUCUUUAACAUUGGAAGAUGAAAAUUCUCAACACGUAGAAAGCGCUAGUUCGGAUGCAGGAAGUAACCCUUCCCCGGCAUCAGUUUGUGAGGAAAGAGAAAAUGACCGCAAGCAGGAAUUCAACUUAGCAGAAGGACUAGCCAUGAAAACAAGAAAACCACCUUUAGAGAUACUGGCAAGGAUCUUUCCCAACGAAAAUAGAAGAGUCUUGAGUUUGGCUCUGCAGAAAACCAACGGCGACGUACUACAAGCUAUCGAGCAAAUAUUGGGAUCUCGGGCCGCUGCUCAUCUAGCCGUUCGUCCUCCCUUAUCUCCGGGUAAAGAACUGAAUGUGAGCAAAGAUCAUCAGUUAGAGCCCUUGACCUGUUCUACCGUGCCAGAAGUUGGGUCUUUUUCCACAACAACCAGCUUCACUUCCGUAUUUUCAAUGUCCACUCCAUCCACGGCUCUUGCCAUGGCUGCACCGCCAUUUCGACGUCCUUAUUCUGCAACAGGAACACCUCGAGGACUGCUAACCGUGCCAACGUAUGCCGGAUUCUUCCCCGGGAUCUCAACGACUCCCGCUUAUCCCUCUCUCUUUGGCACAUCAGUUGUUAGUGGACUACCCCCCGUGUCCUCUCUCGACCCUGACCUGAGUCGAAAGAAAGGUCCUCGUCUGAUGGCUACUGACAACUGGACCUCUUGUCCUCCAGAGCAGUCACCACAAGACCUGUCAUCUUCCGAAAGCGAAAGGAAAAGUCCAGCCACCUUUCAGUAGGCUAACUGUCGUCGAUGGUCACUUGUAGCAUUCUGUGAUGUAGAUAAAUCUCUAAUUGAUCGGUAAAUCUAAAUUAUAAAAAAAAUAGUAAUUUAAUUUAUAAACGUGACCGCAUCUUAGUUUAUUUUCUAUGGUUAAUUCAGUGUUUAAUUGUAACUGUUGUGUGCCUAUAAAUAAAGAGAUG